AUGAGCGGUACGUGCGGCGGCGCAAAUGGUGUUGUGGAGGAAUUGGAGGUUUUGUUAGAGGGUGAUGCCUUGCCACACCGGGAGCCUUUUGUGCGUAGGGGCCGUCCUCCUUCAAAAAGGAAACCCAAACGUUGCGAAAUGAUGCCUGAAUUUGGUACUGUUACCACAGCUGUUGUCGAUGGGUUGGAGGGAACUUUGUCUGCUCCAAUUGAUGAUGAUGGCGUCUUCACGAUGCGUUCACGUUUUCGAAAGGAUGCGGAGAUGGACAAGCAGAAACAUUUGAUUGCUAACGCUGGGCUGGUGGCACAAACAUUGACAACAGAUUCAUUACCCCCCGUGGGUGCUGUUGCCCCUGUAAAGAAGGAAAUGGAGAGGUCCUCGUUUUAUAUUUCUGGGGAGGAGGCUGGAAUUGGCUUGCAAGCUUCAGGAUUUUGCAUGGAGAAGACCAAGAAAGAGGCCUCUUUUUCUCCCCUCACCGAACCGACGCCCUGGAAUCAACCAGCUUUUGAGGAGUUCAGGAAUGAUUACGAUGCUGUUGAUGCUGGUUGUUUUUUUCAUUCAAAGUAUUGUUUCAACGAUGCCACUAGGCCAACCCGUAGUCCGGAGUCCUUACGUUUGCAGCGGCAUCUCCAUUCACCAGCGCUGUAUGAUGAAACAGCUGAUAUCUUUGAAGAUGUGGAUGAUUUUAUUCCGGGAAGUCCUCUUAAACGUGACCUUUGUUUGCCUGCGCCGCAAUAUGCUCGGCACCCGCCAAAGUCAAGCAAGAGGCAGGUGAGGCUCUGUGCCUUCUCGAGCAUUCUCAUUCCGAGCAGCUCGCUUCCUGGGACCACAGUGGAUGACACCGUUGAUUCCUCUUUGGUGACGUACGGUUCACCAGUUGCCGUACGACGGGAUGAUAACAGUCUUCUUCCCAACCAUUCAACGGCGGCUUUUCACGACGAAGGUGCAACUAAGGAGCCAAAAAAAUUGCCUUCAGAGUCGAUCCCUUCCAAGCACUUGGGUCCUUUGGGGCUCUAUCCAUUUUUUUCGUCUUCAGGCACGCAUUCUUUUUUUUGGGAUGCGCAUGGGUAUUAUGGAGGCUUUUUUGAAGCAUAA